GGAGUGAGGGCGGGGCGGGAGUCCCUUCCUCUCCCGCAUACGAUGAUUCAGAGAUCAGCGUUGGCUCUGGUGGUCAGAGAAGGCUCCAUUUUGAAGGUUGAGGAGGACUAGAAGGAGCUUCGUUCAAUGAGUACAAGAACAGAGUUGGUGCAGAGGAGGAGCUCGGAAGAUUGCUGUCAUCCGGGACCACAGUCUGCACUGCCAUCCCGCCAGGUCGGACCAGCCCAAGAAGGCCAAAUGUCUCAGAACGAGAAGGAAUCGGGGUCACCCGCAGAGAAUCGAAACCAUGGGGGGCUUUCCGUGACUGCAGAGCCCACCCCCAGCCCCGGACCCAUCCAGGCGGCGGACCCGCCUCCGCCGUCUUCCCCUCCUCCUCCCAUCCUGGUGUCGGUGGCCACGACUUCCACCUGGUCCUUUGCCACCGACCCGGUGGCCCCCAACCAGCCUGAAGCCAGCACCAGCGAAGAGGACCCUAAAGCACGUCCCAGCUCUAUGGAGGCCAUAGGUGAGGAGUUUAAUUUCCUGCUGUGUCACAGCUGUAAAUCAGAAUCAAAAUGCCCCAAGCUCCUAGCGUGCUUACACACCAUCUGCUCCAAAUGCUUGGAGGUCCACGAGCCGGCUGGGAAAUGCCCUAUCUGCCAGUACCCCCGCUCCCAGGAGACCAACCUACAGUCCAUGGACAACCUCUUCUUCGAGAGCUUGCAGCGGCGGAUUUCUGUCUACCAGACCAUCGUCCAGGGCGGGAAGGAAGCCUCUUGCAACCGGUGCCGGGAACCAGCUGAUUUCUGGUGUUUCGAGUGUGAGCAGCUCAUCUGUACCAGGUGUUUCGAAGCACAUCAGUGGUUUGUGAAGCAUGAGGCGAGGGCUGUGGAGGAGCUGAGAAAAGAAUCUGCCAAGGAUUUCCUAGAUGGCACCCGGAAAUCCAACAACCUCUUCUGCCCCAAUCCUACUCACCGGACACCGUCCCUUACCAGCAUCUACUGCCGGGGAUGCUCCAAGCCUAUCUGCUGCACCUGCGCUCUCCUGGACAGCAACCACAAGGACCAGUACUGCGCCAUCAGCUCCGAGAUCCAGCAGCGGCAGGAGGAGCUGGUCAAGAUCACCAGCGACCUGAAGACCCAAGAGCAGACCUUCAGUGAGGCCCACGAGAAGAUCCAAGAGGCCAUCACCCACCUGGAGCAGGUGAAGAAGGAGACACAGGAGCUGAUCCAUUCUCAAGCCAAAAUGAUGGUGGAGAAGAUCCAGGCGCAGGAGAAGGAGCUUCUGGAGACCGUGGAGGGUCAGUACCAUGAGAACCACGAGGAGAUGGCGAGAAAGCUUCAGCACCUGACCAGCAUGCUUCAGCGCAUCCACAAUGGCGAGCUCUUGGUGGAAAAGCUGCAGCAGUAUGCCUCGGACCAGGAGGUCCUGGAGAUGCACAACUUCAUCCGGAAGGCUUUGGAGCACCUCAACAAGGAGAAGCCUGUGAACCUUCAGACCGCAGUCAAGGUGGAAGAGUUUAAAGACUGCAAGGCUAAGCUGCAGACUCUGUUUACCCGGGUCAUCGAGGAGAAAGCGACUAAUCUUGAGAACGAGGAUAAGGAAAAGAAGAAAGACUCUGCAGAACCCCAGAGCGUCCCCAUGGAAAGCAAUUCGAAUGAGAAGAAAACACAGAAACAGGGACAUGCUGUAGAAAAUAGGGCUGGACCGAUAGCCCUUCCUGCUCCUCCCUCCGCCUUCCGCUGGGCUAGAAUGUGUGUUCCGGUGCCCCCCGUACCUUUCCAGCAGGGGCAGCAGCCCGGCCCCCAGUCGAGGAAGAGGAAAUUACCCCACGGCAACAAAGUAACCAUGCGGAAGAUAAUCAAGAGGGAGACUGGUGGAGACAGCGAAAGGCAGAGGGCAAGGGUCUUCAGGCCCCAGACCGGCCCCUUAGGAGCGAACCAGCCCGCCAGACCAGGCGCUGUCCCCGGCUUGGCCCCGGGCUCUGGCCAAUCCGCGAUGGACCCCAACAGCGAGGAAGGAGGUAGGCAAGAUAAUCCAAUUGUAAUCAGCAGCUCUGAAGAGACCGAAGAAAGUCAGUCCUCCAGUGAUUACGGGGACAGCAGCGACCCUGAAGAUCUCAUGGAAUGUGCAGACGGCACACGGCCCGCUCCUGGCCACCCCACCGACAGCUUCAGAGACGGGCAGGAAAACCGAGCCCUGGUGUUCUUUGACCUCAAGAUUGACAGCAAAACCAAGAAGAUCAGCCAGCUGGCCGCCGUAAAUGGCGAGAACAAUUUCCGCAUCAUCAUCCAGCAGGAAGAAGCCCUGUUCAGCCUCUUUUCCAGGGGGGUGGCCAUUGAGGACGGCCUGCAGAACUUCCUCUGCUACCUGCGCUCCUCCUCCCACCCCAUCCUGGCCGGCUACAAGCUCUGGUCCCCCAACAUCACCGUCUUCUUCAAGGCCCUGGAGACCUUCUCCAAGAAGGGGGAGUUCCACGAGACCAUCUCCGGCUUCCUGGACAUCCUGCCCCUGGUGCGCGACAAGCUGCCGGGGGCCAGAAGCUACAAGCUGAAGAACCUGGUCAAGACCUACCUGUCUCGGAACAUGAACGACAACAGCGCGCUGGCCUCGGUGCGGGCCAUGCGGGACCUCUGCAAGGUGCUGCACAUCCCCCUGGGCCAGAACCUGGGCCGCCGCGUGCUGCCCUUCUCCAACCUGGACUGCUUCGCCUCCCUGCAGCCCCUGGUGCGUGUCAACGUGCUCUCGCGCACGCAGGCCAAGAUGCUGGGGCUGCGCAACGUCAGCCUUACCGAGCUGCAGACCUCCUUCCACGAAGACCCCGAGUGGGGGCUCAGGAAGUACAGCCGCUACCUGGCCUCCCGGAGCUCCCGCUCCAUGCCGUCCCUGCUGGGCCUCCGGACCUACCUCGAGAGCCUGAUGGGUAACCCCAAGCCCGAUGCCAAGCAACCCGCGGCGGCGGUGGCUGUGGCAGCGGCUGCUGCGGCGGCGGCGGCGACAGCGACCGCACCACCGACCACGACGCAGACCUUGAUGCUGACCGCGGCGCCGACCGCGACUCUGACCGCGACGCCCACCGCAAUGGUGACCGCGACUCCGACCGUGAUGGUGACCGCGACUCCGACCGCGACGGCGACCGCAACACCGACUGCAACACCGACCGCAACACCGACCGCAACACCGACCGCGACGGUGACCGCGACACCGACCGCGACGGUGACCGCGACGGCGGCGGCUGCGGCGGCGGCGGCGGCGGCGGCUGCUGCAGCGGCGGCGCCCAGCCCGGCCAAGACCGGGGAGUGAGCGCUCCCUGGCGCCUGGGGGCGAGAGGGGGCGGUGCCCCCCUCUCACCUGCUCCCCUCGGGCCGCCCCCUCCCCUGCUUCACCGGCUUUCUCCUCAUCCGCUUGGUCUGCGGGCCUCUGUGCGAUUCAUCUGGCUGUGCUCCCAUUCCCCAACUCCCAGUCCGGAGGGGCUCCUGCCGGCGCGCGCGUAAUUGUGUCUUUGUGAAACCGGCUCGGAGAGAACCUCUGGGAACGGCCGUGUGUGUGGUUGUGUGUCUGUGUGUGUUGUUUUGCAUUUGGAGAGGUCACCUGGGACACGAAGGCCAAAGGGCACCGGCCUGGUGAGCGCGUCCGGAGCUGGACAGUCACUGACUGGGCUGAUGGUCGGGACCUUGUACGUCUCUGCAACGCGGGGAAGAGGGGGGAGGUUAUGGGGGGGAGGGCGUCCUUCAACAGUCACUGAAAGAGCAGCCGUCCCUUCGGAAAACACGGGUCUCUCCAGCUCGCAGAGCUGUAGAAGCCCCCACGCUGAGGGGCGGCCCUCGGAGUCCCAGCCUGUCUGAGGGUGGAAGGAAGCUGAGUCUGGAGAGUGGAGGUGACCGGUCUGCUGUCACUCAAGGAGCGGUGCUGGGGGGCCCGAGCCCCUCAGUGACCUGCUCCGGGCCUUCCCGGCAGCUAGGUGAGUGUGGGAGGGGCUGGGGAAAGCCCCGGGAGUUUUGAGAGGCUGGGCAAUGUUGCGAGGACAGGGCAGAGGGUCCCAUCUCUCAGCCACUUGUCUGCUACAGAAUCAGAUCAGUUCCCAGGGAGAUGUGAGAUAGGAAAAGGCGAAUGGAGAGCUGGGCCUGGGGAGGGACGGACGAGGGGGGCAGGACUGAGGACGGAACCACAAUCACCGCAGCCAAUAACUCCGGGGUUGGAUUCUCAGCCAAGCAGAGGGCAUUCGGGGGUGGGACAUCCGGGGGCUGCCCGGGGCUUAGCAGUGAACAGCCUCAGGCGCUGAGAGGGAAGUGAAGGGCCGGAGGUCUGUGGGACUGGAGGGGCCUGCUGGGAGAAGUCUGAGCUGGGGCAGAGGGAGGCCACUGACUGUCCUGGAAGCUCUAGCCUUUCUGCUAAGUAAUCUGGGCCCACAGGGGAGAGGGGCUCCUAGUUUAUGCUGGAACCUGAAGAGGGGGUGAGCGGGGUUCAGAGGCAAAGCUCCCCUUCCUACACACACCCACGCCUCGACCCCCUCCUCCAUCUUCAGUAAGUCGGAGAUAUUCCUAUGGCAAGAAAUUCAGCAAUCCGGCCUGUCCGUGGGCAUCCGGAAAUGGUGGGUGAGGGCCCCGGUGCUGCCCAUACCCAAGGAUUCUGGUUUUAGAAAAUCGGGUGGACGCUAGAUUGACAGCCAGGAAAAACGGGCACAGGGUGACUUCGCUCAUAAAAGGGCGCUUCCGUUUGCAGAGGGUUUUGCCACCUCAUUCUUUUUUUUAAUAGUUUAUUUUAUUUAAUGAUAAUUUUAUAUUGACAGAAUCCAUGCCAGGGUAAUUUUUUUACAACAUUAUCCCUUGCACUUGUUUCUGUUCCGAUUUUUCCCCUCCCUCCCUCCACCCCCUCCCCUAGAUGGCAAGCAUCGCCACCUCAUUCUUAUAUGGGGUCAUACACCUACCAGGGGCCUGGAUCUAGGAUUAGUUUGCUGAGUCCUACAGAGCAAGUCAGCUGACCUUUCUGGGUAAAUGGGCACAAAAAUAACGUCCUUCUCAACUCUGUUGGUGGAAAUCAGACGAGGGAGAUGUUGAGAAGCUGCCACUCGGGGCCAGGGAGGGUUUUAAUAGCUCCCUGGCAUCUGUAAGAUCCCAAAUUACUUAGAGAGGCUUCAGCUUCCACAGCUGACACAGCUUUUAGGCAAUGGAGCUGGGCAGAGGCCACCGGCCUCACGAACUGGAGCUGUUUGUCAGGAAUCAGGGGCUUGGGUCCUAAGUCCAUUGGGUGACUGACUUCAGUACUGAAAGUGUUCCUGGCAUUUUCUGUAGGAAAGACAAAAAGCCCUCUUCCCCUCUCAGUGAUCUCACUCCCAACAUUUAGUGGUUCCACCAUCACCUCGGGGUCUGGGGUUUUCAGAUUUGCAAAUUCUGUGCGAUAACAUUUACACCAAAAAAGUGAUUUAUUGUUCUCUCUCUGUCUCACAUCCUAAGACAAAUCUGCAUCCUAAAAGCUGAGCUCACAGAUUGCUGACUCUGCCCACUUAAUGAGGAGCGAGAGAUGCCCCCUCUUUAAUGCCAUGUGUCUUUGCCCAACCCCAAACCCCUCUGUAACGUGGGAGGGCAGAGUCUGAUUUUUAGAGCAGAACUUUUCUCGUUUGGGCCAAAAUCCUUACCUGAUGUUUGUAAACUGUCGGAAAUAAUAGAAUUCAUUUCUCCCCAUGCUACAAACUAGUUCCUCUUCCUCACUUCUUUACUUCUGUUAACGAGACUGCCGCCGUGCUGGUCUCUAGAGAACGAUUUCGAGCAGAAAGACUUUCUUGGAAGAUCCAAGUCAUCUCCUGGACCAAGAACAGACUUGAAUGGUUCCCGUUCCUGGUUAAGAAGUGGUCGGUGAUUCUUGUUUGGAAUGAUGGGUGUUCCUGUUUUUGUUUUUCUGCACGGGUGCUUAGCUGCAGCCGAUGUCUGUAUUGUUUUUGUUGUAUUCUAUUGGUCAUAGUAAGAUUUGUUCAUUUGUGCAUGUACUCAUCUGGCUGUCAGUAUCCGAGGAGAAGGAGCCAAUCCCUCCUCAAUGGCCUACAGAUAAUUUCAUGUUAUAAUACAGGGUAGGCCGGGGGGGUUAUUCAGCCUAAGGUGAGGGUGGGGGUGGGGGGGACCUUGUGAUCCGACCAAUUGUCAUUGUCAGUAAUAUCUGCCGGUGGAUGCUUCUUCCUCUAUUGAAACCCUAAUUAGUAGUGGAAUUAGGUUGUGUACUCCAUCUUUUAUCCUGUGCAGUGUGGCAUCCUUCUGGUCAGAUAAACCUGUUGUAUAUCCCAAAGUUGGGAAUCUUAGGUCCCACAACUCCUGUGUAUCUUUGUUCUAUUAUCAUCAUUAAAUGAUUUAAUCCUUGUGA